ACACUGCUCCCUCCAAGCAGAAAUGUCAAAAUGGCGUCAACGCAGGACGCUUGGUAUAUUUCUUUACUUGGUUUAGCGGAACAUUUCCGUACAUCAAAUCCUCCUGACAUAAAAAGUUGUAUUCAGUGCCUUCAAGCCGUAUUUAAUUUCAAACCACCACAGAGGGUCGAGGCCAGGACACAUUUACAACUCGGAAAUAUCCUUUUGACACACACUAAAAACAUCGACUUGGCGAGAACGCAUUUGGAACAGAGUUGGUGCUUAUCUCAGACAAUCAACGGCUUCGAUGAUGUCAAGUUCGAAGCGGCGAGCGUACUCGCGGAGCUGUUCGAGCAGCAGGGACAGCCAACACAUUCUAAACCGAUUCUACGGAAGGCUAUUGAACUAUCACAACACAGUGUUUACUGGCACUGCAGGCUAAUAUUCCAACUGGCACAAAUCCAUGCAACAGAGCGGGAAUAUGAAGUGGCUAGCAGUCUCCUGGCAGUAGGAGUGGACUAUGCACAGAUUUCCAAUGCUGCAUACACAAGAGUGCUGUUCUUACUCAGUAGGGUUAUGUUACUAUUAAUAGACAAGAAAAUCCAAGAAGUGUUACCACUACUGAACCAGGCUGGACAUCUUGUGGAGACGUGGGCUGGCAGUCCACACCAAAAGGAGUAUCUCAAAGUGUUCUAUUUUGUCCUCCAGGUAUGCCACUACCUGAUGGCGGGGCAGGUGAAGAGUGUGAAGCCAUGUUUGAAGCAGCUGCAGCAGAGCAUACAGACCAUCAUGGCGCCCACGUGGCCGGAUGAUGAUGCGGUGUGCGGACCGGCGGCGAGCGCGAGCGGCGCGGAGUCGUUCGUGUGGCUGUCGCGGCAGCAGCUGUACGUGCUGGUGUACCUGGUGACGGUGAUGCACUCGGCGCAGGCGGGCUACAUGGACAAGGCGCACAAGUACACGGAGAAGGCGCUGGCGCAGAUCGACAAGCUGGCGGGCGAGGAGGGCGGCGACGCGGGCGGCGUGCGCGGCGGCGCGGCGCUGGCGUGGCGCCUGCGCAUGGCGCUGCUGGAGCACGCGGCGCUGUGCCGCCUGGUGGCGGGCGGCAAGGCGCACGCGCUGCACGAGAUCGCGCGCGCCGCGCAUCUGCUCAACACCGCGCCCAACGCGCACACGGCGGCGGCGCACACGCCACAGCUGCACUGCCUGCUGGGGCUGUACGCGAUGUCCAUGAACUGCAUGGAGGCCGCCGAGGCGCAGUUCCACACCGCCAUACACAUGUCACAAGAAAGGGACCUAUGGAUGUUUGCGAAGCUGAACCUGGCUAUUGUUUACCUGCGCGGGAGAAGAGACAACGACUUGGCACUACUAAUGGAACAGGUGAGGCCGGAAGCAUUGCCUGCCUACGCACACGGACUAAGGGCUGCCUCGUACUAUGUUUUGGGAUUACAAGCAUUCUUCCAAGCACGGUACAAUGAAGCCAAGAGGUAUCUGCGAGAAACAUUAAAAAUGGCCAACGCAGAGGAUCUCAACCGUCUAACGUCAUGCUCACUGGUAUUACUGGGACACAUAUUCCUGUCCAUCAACAACUCGCGGGAGAGCAUGAACAUGGUGACGCCCGCCAUGCAGCUCGCGAGCAAGAUCCCAGACGUGCAUGUCCAGCUGUGGGCAAGCGCUAUACUGAAAGAUCUGUACCGGCUAGCGGGUGACACGGAGCGCGAGAACGAAGCAUACCAGAUGCACUGCAACUUCUCACAAGCGCUCCUCAAAGACCACUUCCAGGCGUCGCAGAUGCCUGAACACGCACUAGUCCAGUGGACGAGCGGCUCUCCGCCCGCGCUGCCGGCGCCGCCGGGCUCCACGCAUCCCUCUUAAAUACAGUGUGAUAACACGUGCGUUACUAUACCAGUGCGACAAUAUACGUGUAAUGAUACUGCAACUUCUCACAAGCCCUCCAAACCACUUCCAAGAGACACUGAUGCCUAAGCACGCGCUCGUGCAGUGGAUGAGCGGUCCUCGCCCGCACUGACGCCUUCGAUAACACGUGCGUUACUACACUCUUGCGGUAAUAAAUGUGUUACGAUAUUAAUAAUAUACAUAUAAUAGACGCAUUUAGACAGUCCACGUGUUACAAUACUAGUGUGAUAACACACGCGUCACGAACUAGUGCGACAAUAGUGCUACAACGAUAGUACUUAUGCGAUAUUCUGGCUUAUUCCGCUACAUACACAAGUCUAAACAUUCAGAGUAUUAUGAAAGGGAUAGCAAUAUAUUUAAACCCGUCAUUUUAGAGAUUGUGUGCAACAGAAUUAGCUCAAUAGUGUUAUGACAUUAGUGCGAUAACACAUGCAUUACGAUACUACUGCGACAGUACACCUGUUUCGAUAAAAGUGCAAAAACACACAUUAUGACACAAGUGCGACAAUAUGCGUGCUACGGCUGUGUGUACAUGUGUACGACAAUGCGACGAUACGAUAUGUGCAGUGAAUCCACAGUGAAGUGUAAAUACUAUGUGUAAAUUCUCGGAUAGACGUUUUGGCAUAGAAACAGACUAAAUAAACUGUAAAUAAAACUGACAAGAUAUGUGCUACUGGCACGUGGGCUAAUAUAAUUCUACCCACAUUAAAUCAACUGUGAACAAUAUAAAUACUUAUGUUUUUAGGCAAAUUUUGUGUUUCAAUGAAAUUAUAAUGUAAACAAUGGGUUCUAUACUGCCCAUAAGGGCCGGGGCACAUAUGGCAGAGCGCAGCGCAGAGCAUUUUUCACAGUCAAAAUAUUAUCGACAUUGUCCUCAUUGAAAUAAUAUCUAAAAUCAAUUGUGCAUCCGU